AGUCACGGGUCAGUGAGUAGCGUCAGUUUUUUUCUUAUUUUUGCGGUUUGUAACGUUUGUUGUGUGAACUUCACAGCCACUGUGAAGUUUCUUCAUUACAUUGUGUAGCAGCUGCACUGUAGCUCAACAUUUUACGUCAGUUUUUAAUCUUUUCGGAGCUACCCGCUGAAAUAUCUGAAUGGUAACCCGUAACAGCAUCCAAAAGUCGCAAGUUUUGCUGUAGUACCAUCAACGGUGCAACGGACCAGCACUGUCGUUUGUCAGCGAAAUUAAUUCAUCUCCGCAAUGGCCUACGUCAGCCUGCGUCCCGCAUCCAACCGCGUCCUCACACCGACCACCACCCGCCCUCCCGCGGCCAAACCCCAGCCCGUGGCCCCCGCGUCAGCCGCCAAGCGCAAGAUGCGCCGCUACGAUCCCGAGGAGGAGAUCACGGUGCUGCGCAAACAACUGGAUCAGGAGCGCUGCAAACGCCGCGAACUGGAGGCCGACAUCUUGAAGCUGAAGCAGGAGCGCUCGGAGAUGUGCAUCACGAUGAGCCGCCUGGAGCAGACGAAGCGGGCCUCCAAUAUCCCGCAGUCGCUGGUCCCCAUGCUGGCUGAUGCGAUGGCGAGUGGCCUGAAUCCAGCGGCGUUGAGUACUCCCAACCGCCCACCGGUGGCGGUUAAUAAAGUCCCCUUGCGUCCAAAUCGUCCAGAUCUAGUGACCCCCGUCGUUAAAAUCGCUCCGGGGCCUUCGGUGGCGCUGGUCGUCAAUGCCACUCCAACUCAGGUGAUUAACACUACCCCCGAUCCGAUUCCAAAGGCGGUUGGCAGUGCGGCACCCGACCAAUCGUCCACUCCAAAACUGCCCGUUACGGCGGCUGUUAUUGCGACACCCAGCCCAUCGCCCGCACCGCUGAAAUUGCCCGUUACGGCGGCUGUCGGACAGAAAUUCCUCAUCCAGCAGAAAACCGCCGAUGGAAAAAUGGUGAGCUUCCUGGCAUCUGUCGCGCCGAAUGACGGCAGCGCCCCUAUCGCUGCGGUUCCCAUCACCGCUGCAUCUGAAGCGAGCAAUCCACCGUCAUCAAGUAUCGUUACUGGAGAGGUUGCUCUUGUUCAACCGGCAACGACGCCUCCGGAUGUCCAGCCGAUCUCAUCGGAAAGCGCCACCGUGACUGCGGCGUUGUGAUUGGCGCAGCAAAUCCAAGUGUCCGCACUCUGCACCACUAGUGUAAAUACUCGAGGUAUUGCUGAUUCUCUGAACGACUUUUUUUUCUAAAAAGACUUGUGACAAUGCGGAUGUGAUGGGUUCCACAUUCUUAUAGUUAAUCACUUGUUGUCCUACGGCUAGAUUUUACAAUAAUUAUUGUAUGUACAGUACGAAGUUAUGAGUAUUUCUUAUGAAUUUGAUGAUGGCUUAGAAAUUUUAGGAGUGCUGGUUGCACAGGUCCCUGCACUUUUAUUCUGCAAU